CAUCUUUUUUUUAUCAGCACUGCAAGUUACCGAUCUGACAGGGUUUUGGCCACCAGUUGAACUGAGCAGCAGGCAUAUUUGCCUAUAGUCAUUUCAGAGGAGCAAUGUCUAUGGAUGGAGUCACUUUGCUUCCGCAACGCAAACCAUCAUCAACACUACGAGAUCCGCCUUCCUCAGCAUCCAGCUUUUCCGCCAAAGCUGCGUCGCCCUCGUCGUCUGCCUCGACACCGCGCAGCAGCGCACGCCCAAGCUUCGCAACCAGGACCCUCUCCGCGCCGGGAAAUCCAAACGCUCUAUCGCUGGAAGAUGAUGCGGAUACCCAGCAGCGCGACUCGGUGACAUCCAUAAGGGACGAUCCAUUCUUUCGAAACUACUUUUCACCGCACUCCGUUUCCAUCUCUCGGGAAUUGAGGUCUGCGACUUAUUCCCAAAUGAUGGACGACGAGGAAACGGGGCCCUUGCUCCCUGCUGGAAGGGCAGUCGAGAACUCUGUGAAUCUGCCUCCACAAUCAAGGAGUGGGAUUCAGGACAUAAAUAUAGCUGUCAUUGGGAGUACGGGCGUGGGCAAAAGUACUCUGAUUAUGCGCGCACUGGGACUCCGGGCCCUCCCAACAAAUAUUGCUUCGAGUCUUCGAAUGUCGGUGGACAAUGUGGUUUACACAGUUAGCCUGAUUGAACUCGACCUCGAAUCCUUCGAUAUAAAUCCGGAUCGCCGAAUCCAAUGGCCGAAACAAAUCAAUGGGCACAUUGUGCCCCGUAUGGAUGGAGCCCUUCUCUUAUACGAUGUCAUGAACCGAGAGAGUAUUCAGGAAUUGCCUCAGACCUUGAAUGGACUGGUCAAUUCCUCCUUGCCUACAAUCCUUGUAUCCUGCAAAUGUGACAACCCAGAAAAUACCCGUCAAAUCGACGUUGAGAGUAUGGAAUCAGCUUGUCUGUCAUGCGUCGAGGCUGUGAAGACUGCAGCGAACGUCCCUGAAACGGCGAGACUCUGCCUCUCUUCGAUGCUUCGAGCUGUCAUGACGAACAGGAGUACUAUGAUAUCUACAACGGAAAGUUCUGGUGCUCGACGUCGAGCUACAUCGUCUGCGAAUCUCGAGGCACCUCCAGAUGCCUCCAGACCACUUAGUCAACAUUCCAAGCAUAGUCGUGCAAGCUCGGACUAUUCUCUGCUCCGAGGAUUUCCCUCGCCACCCCCUGUGUCUACCAGAGGCCAGCCUCCCUUGUCCCGGGGCAAUGGGCGAACCAACCUGCACCAUCAGAUUAUACUUCCUGACCCACACGACGCGCCGCCACUUUCGUCGCACCCGGCGUUUCGACAUGACAGCUCCUACACGUCGUCGGAUGCGAGCAAUCAAUUAACCACAAGCGGGCUCAAACCUCGUUCUCCUCUCCCAUCACCCGGUACUGGGAGAGUCACCGAUAAUUCUUUCCUGGAUAUGGAAGAGUCGGAUGCGGAGUCAGCGUACCGGUAUUCGGAUGACAUCCCUAUCUUACAACGAAAUGACGAUAGCUUCUUCGACAAACCAGCCAAAGUUGCUGGCGUGACUUUCGAUGAGUUGGUGGAUCGAUUAUUAGGUCAGAACAUGUCACGCGCAGACAACAAUUUCUCAGAUAUCUUCCUUUGCCUAUAUAGAAAAUUCGCGGCUCCAGCCGAGUUAUUUGGUGCCAUUGAUGCUCGAUUCGAGCGUAUUGCGGAGGAUAAGAAUACACAUUACCUGACUCGGACAGCCACUCAGUUGCGCGUUAUUACAGUUGUCGCAAAAUGGGUCGCAACUUAUCCAGGAGACUUUGCCAGCCGCUCGACGAGUGCCAAGCUUGAGUGCUUUAUCAAUACAUUAUCCUCAGAACCAGUGUUUGCUGCAGCCGCGCUAGAAAUGAGAACUCAGCUCAACUCGCGAGUUUUCGAGGACGAUGACACGGGAUGGGCUCGUACUGAUGCCGAUGUAGAGCACGAGGAAAGGCUAUCCAGUGACUCCGCUCCCUCGUCCCCACGGAGAAGACCCGAGCCAAGCGGAGUAGAGAUCGAGGAAGAGAUGGCGAAUUUGCACAUGGAGGAUGAGGAAGGCGCAGAUAUGGUACGGAAAGAGUCGAGAGCAGACUCUACCGCUUCAACACGGCCUCUAUCACCCACCCAAUCUCUCUCACCAUCUUUCCACACAGUAGAAGACUACGAAAAAGAAGCAGCAACCAUGGUACCGAAAGGAACCCUCCCACUAACCAAAUUCCGCUAUCACAUCUUCAUGGAUAUCUCCGACGACGACCUAGCCGACGAGAUGACCAGAAUCGACUGGGUCAUGUUCUCCUCCAUCCGCCUCCGCGACUUCGUCCGCCACGUCAGCCUCUCACUAGAACAAAAAGACCGCUGUAGAAGCCUCACCAACGUCAACCGGAUGAUCAGCCACUUCAACCACAUCGCCAGAUGGGUCGCCAACAUGAUCCUCAUGCGCGACAAAGCCAAGCACCGCGCCCUCAUGCUCGAGAAAUUCAUGACCAUAGCCCUCAAACUCCGACAACUGAACAACUACAACGGCCUCGCAGCCGUCCUCGCCGGCAUCAACGGCAGCGCGAUCCACCGCCUCAGCCAAACCCGCGCCCUCGUCCCGCAAGACGUCCAGAAACGAUUCGCCCGCCUCGUGAUCCUCAUGGGGACACAAAAAUCGCAUUUCGCGUACCGUCUGGCGUGGGAGAAUUCCUCGCUCCCCCGCAUCCCGUUCAUCCCUCUCCACCGCCGCGAUCUCGUGUCGGCUGAGGAAGGAAGCCGGACGUUCGUUGGAGCGAAUGGGGAAAGGAUCAACUGGAAGAAGUUCGAGGUCUUGUCUGAGGUUAUACUGCCGAUUAUGAAGAGUCAGGUGGUUCCGUAUCCGAAUCUGGCCAAGCAUGAGAUUGCGAGGGAGCUUAUCUUGGACUGUAGGAUGCCUGUUGAUGAGGAGGUUUGUUUUCCAUCUUUUUCCCCUUUGUGUUUGCGAGGGUGGGGAAAGUGGCUAAUGUGAGAAUGAAUAGGAGGUCUAUCAACGGUCUUUAUCCCUUGAAAGCGCAUCUUCCGGCCCAGUCGAGUUUGGGA